CCUUGAACGGAACGCUCACUAUAGUUUGAUACCAGACUAAGUUAUUGCAGUUUAGGCUUCAAAUUCAAACUUCAUGCCCCACUGGGAUUUUUGGGCCCAAAAAAAAAUUAGGUAUAUAGGUUUUUUUUUUUUUUGGACUGUCCUCUCCGACUCGGCAAACCUGCAAGAGUGCAAGGCUAGAACCAGCAACCCAUCUCCGGUCUCCGCCUCCAGGUUGUUAAAUUGGUUCUGUUACAUUUGAUUAAAUUGGGGGUUUAGAUUGUCCACCAUAAUUUUUUUUUCUCCCUUUGUUAAGAAGUUCACGCCCCACCAAGGUUGUAAUCCUGGAUCCGCCCCUGCUUAAAUCCUGUCUUGUGUUUUGCCUGCAAUCUUGAGACACAAACACCACCAACAGCCUCAUAUCUGACCUCCUCAACAUUUUGUUAUUGAACUCCAAAACUUUCAGCCUAUACCUAAUCACACAGGGCCGCUUCACGUCUAAGAUUGCAAGUUCUGUAAAGAAAUGGAACUUGGGACACUUUCUGAUCCCAGCCAAUCCACAUUCUCUUUGGUUGAUGAGGACCACACAUUUGCAAAUGCUAUCAGAUUUACUUUGAAUCAGGAUCCAAGGACGAAAUUCUGUGGGUACAGCAUUCCUCAUCCAUCAGAUAACCGGGUUAAUAUUAGAAUCCAGACUACAGGUGAUCCAGCAAAAGAUGUAUUCAAAGAUGCAUGUCAGGAUCUCAUGGUGAUGUGCCAGCAUGUGAGCAACACUUUUGACAAGGCUGUGGUUGAUUUCAAAAUGAGCAAGUCUGUGGAUGGCAUGGAUAUUGAAUCAAAUAGUUAAAUUGCUCAUCUGAGAUUCUCGUUUAUCUGUUUACUUUUGAUCACAAAUGUAGCUUAUGGUGGAUGCAUAAUAUGAACUUACUGGUUUGAUUAUCAGCUUCAUGUAUCUGUGUUGGCGGUUGGAGCAAAAUUAUUUCAGUUACUUGGUUCUGCUAAUAGAAGAAGUCAAUUAGGUUUUUCCUCUC